GCACACUGACUUUAUAGUUUCAGGAAUAAAGUAGAACAUCGCUUUGUGAAAGCUCUUCUAGUUCAAGUUCAAGUUAACGUUGAAGUGAAUUGGUUAAUGUAACUGAUAUUUCUACUAUAUUUCCGCAUACAAUUUCGAUUGGAAAAUUUUGGAAAUGGAGGUGUUUAUUAAUAGUGAGAAUGUGAAGUAUAGUGAGACUUAUAUUGAAAGCAAAUACGAUUAUCAGUAUACUGAUGCCAAAAAAAUUGGAAAUAAAGUAACGGUAACACCCAAAACGGAGCACUUGGUCAUCCGCACCAAUCGCAGAGUACCCCGUUUGGGGGUUAUGUUAGUAGGCUGGGGAGGUAACAACGGUAGCACCUUCACAGCUGCCUUGAUUGCCAACAAGCUUGGCCUCUCCUGGCCCACCAAAAAUGGAACCCAAAGCGCAAAUUGGUAUGGUUCCGUGACACAAGCAAGCACAGUGCAUUUAGGAAAGAAUGUGAACGUGCCAUUAGGUAAGCUGUUGCCUACGGUCGAUCCAAACGAUAUUGUUGUGGAUGGCUGGGAUAUAAGUGGUAAAGAUCUGGCAGAAUCUAUGGAGAGGGCUAGAGUUUUGGAGCCGAGCCUAGUUGAGAUGUUGAAACCGCAUAUGAAGAAGUAUAAGCCGAGGGCUUCCGUAUACGUACCUGAUUUCAUUGCUGCCAACCAGUCUUCAAGAGCCGACAACGUCAUAGAAGGUAGCAAGAAGAAGCAAGUUGAGCAGAUAUGUAGAGACAUAGAAUCUUUCCGAUCCAAAGAGCGUCUGGAAAAGGUCAUUGUUCUCUGGACUGCGAACACAGAGCGUUUCUGCGACAUUAUAACAGGGGUGAACGACACCGCCGAUAACCUGAAGGAGGCCAUAGAAGAAAACCAUGAAGAAGUCUCACCAUCCACCUUAUUCGCUUACGCUGCCAUCAGCAUGGGAUGUCCUUACAUCAACGGCUCCCCCCAGAACACUUUCGUUCCGGGCCUGAUCGAAUAUGCCGAAAAAAAAGGUGUUUACAUUGGAGGCGACGAUUUCAAAUCCGGCCAGACCAAAUUUAAGAGCGUAAUUGUUGACUUUUUGGUCUCUGCCGGAAUCAAGCCUGUCAGCAUUGUCAGUUACAACCAUCUGGGGAACAAUGAUGGCAAAAACCUGUCGGCACCUGCUCAAUUCCGUUCUAAGGAGAUUUCGAAGAGUAACGUUGUGGAUGAUAUGGUGCAAUCCAAUGAUGUUUUGUACAAGCCAGGGGAGAAACCUGAUCACGUGGUUGUGAUCAAAUACGUUCCCUAUGUCGGUGACUCCAAACGUGCAAUGGACGAAUACGUCUCAGAGAUCAUGAUGGGAGGCCUGAACACCAUCGCUGUUCACAACACCUGUGAAGACUCCCUUCUAGCAACACCAUUGAUACUUGACCUCAUCGUACUGACGGAGCUCUGUACAAGAAUCAAAAUGAAGAAGUCAAACCAGACAGAUCAAGAGUUCACUGGUUUUCAUUCAGUUCUUUCGAUAUUGAGCUAUCUGUGCAAAGCGCCAUUGGUACCUGAUGGUACCCCCGUUGUGAACGCCCUCUUCAGGCAGAGAGCUUGCAUAGAGAACAUCAUGAGAGCUUGCAUAGGAUUGCCACCAGACAACAACAUGUUGUUGGAGUAUAAGCUUCCAGUAUUGAUGGACGAAGGUGUCAAGGAAACUCCAAGCAAAAAGCUGAAAUAUGAACAUGGGGAGGAUUAUUAAUCUUCUUAAGGAAGUGAGGAUGUUGGGUUUUUCUUCUGUUAUUGGAUGUCGUUUCAUCAUAUAGCUUAGGAAUAUUUGGUAAUAUGUAUGUUAUUGGUGGAGGAUAAGUAUUUCUAUUUUUAACGUUGAAAUAUUUUAGAGUAUAUUUGAGAUAACUGCAGCAGAUCAAACUAAAUGUGCAUGUCUUUGAAACUGAACUGAAAAAAUGGUAAUAACAAUUCCUUUUUUAUUUAUUGAUCUGAAAUGAAAUAUUUAAUUAUCUGUUAGAAAUUCAAACAGUCGAACUGACUGAAUUGUUUCAAGAUCAAUAAAUAAACGUACUUAACAAUAA